AUGGCCAAAGAGCGCCCUGAGAAGCGUCAACGUCUGACCCCCAACGACUGGAAGUCAAAACUCUUCAACCUUUUCCAUGUGAAUGCGGCUGUUAUUCUCAAAUUGCUCGAUUGUCGGCGCGACAAAGAAGACAUUGAUGAUUGGCGGCCAUGCAGCGUGGCUGUAGCUGCGCAGAUGUUUGGCAGUGGAAAAACCACCCUUGGGCGCAACUUUAUCAACCAGCUGAACAACGAGAACACCAAAGGCUUCAUUCAAAAGAAGUUGACCGGGGACGGUUGGAGGGACAAGUUGACACUUGCACAACGUGCCGAAUCCAAGCACAACAACUUGAACGGCUGCAAAACAUUGCAUGACGUCGCGAAAGAGCUCGACUAUGACCAGUUUAGGGCAUUAUCGUCAACAGGAGCACGUGACAUUGCACAAUACAUCUUCGGACUAGCUGAUGCAACUGUUGCGAAAGCUCUUUUUGUCCAUUUCGACAAGAUCGGCAACCUUCAAGGCAAUGUCAGGGAUUUGCGGAAGGCGGUGCGGCAAGUUUGGAACCGCAUGCUGCAGCACCAAGGUGACAUGCCACGCAUCUACUUCUAUUUGAGCGGCAAGUCUGUCCCACUGAAUUCAAUUGGUGGAUCUGGUUCUCCCAUGGGAACGAAAUGGAUUAUCUUGGACUUGCUAAAGGACCUGAUGCCAGACGAGGCUGCGUGGCCACAGACAUGGCUGUAUCUAAUCUUGCUGGCACAGCUUUGCUUGCCGUGCCAGCGUGAGACGCUCCUGCCAGUGGGCUCUGAUGAGCACUCUCUAGACCGCUUGCUGGGCAGACUGAACGUCUAUAUCAGCAAACCUGAGCAACCGAUCAACGGCAUGUCAGAUGCCUUCUACAUCUGUCACAUGAAGAUGAUUGACCGGUUUGUGCGGGGACGAUACGCUUCAGAUUGUCGUGUGCAGCUGAUGAGGGUACAAGAGCCAAAGCUGAGGACCUUCUGGAGCACAUGGUCGCACAACGUAUUGUUGUGCAAGCUUGCCUGCACCCACAAGGGUGCGAUCCCAGGUGGGGCGACGUGA